UUGUGCAUUUAGAGGUUAAGAUUUUACAUGUUUAUUUUCAUUUGAAUUUUAUGUUAAUUUAAUUUGUUUAAUUUCCUGAUCAAAUUGAGUUCAAUUUCAUUCUCAAAUUACGUAAGACUUUCGAACAAAAUUACCAAGUCUUAUCAGAUUCCCGAAAUAGAAUGCUAGAAAAUGUUCAAGAAUUUGAGAAGAUUGAUUUCGAAUAAUAUAUACCUUAUAUUGGGGUUUUUGAUUGGUGUUUACAUGCAAUUAUCUUAUUUCAAUAUAAAAUACGUUUGCGAAAGUGAAAUACAGAAUAUAGUUGAGAGUAAAGCAGUUCCACAAACAGAGAAAAUCAUUUCCAAACCAUUUGUUUUGAAUGUUACAAAGACAAACUCUACAGAUGGCAAGAAAAAAAAGAAACUAAUAAGACCAAGAUAUUACUCCACUGAGUUAGGAAUACGUGAGAAAAUAUUUGUUGGAAUAUUUACAACAGAAGAAAAAGUGAAUACUCAAGCUAUUCAUAUAAAUAGAACUGUUGCCCACUUAGUAGACAAAAUUAAAUUUUUCAUCACUGCCCAAUAUAAAUUGAAAUCAAAAUUUAACCUUACCGGAUUAGUGGGUUUCACAGAUACAAGAUCCAAAUAUAGGCCUUUUCAAAUAUUUAAAUAUAUAGGAGAUAACUUUGGACAGGAAUUUGAUUAUUAUUUAUUGGCUAAUGAUUAUACUUAUUUGAAUAUACAUCGUAUUAAAGAUAUAGUAAAUGCUAUAAGCGUUAGCAUGAAUGUAUAUAUGGGAACAAAAGAAGAAGAUAGUAGUUUUUGUAGUCUAGAGGCUGGAAUAAUCAUUAGUAAUUCGGUUCUAAAAUCAGUAAGAGAAAAGUUAGACUGGUGUGUCCUCAAUGCUGUAUCAGAUAGUCACAGUGAAAAUAUUGGAAGAUGCAUUUACAAUAGUAUUGGACUCAAUUGCCAAGAAGCUGUUCAGAGUCAGAAAUUAACAGCAUUUAGAAUAAAGCAUUUUAAUCUGGAUAAAUCUCUUUACAAUUUGUCUCAGAGGAAAGAUUUUAACAGUGCAGCUACCGUUUAUCCCGUCCUACAAGAAAAAGACUUCUAUACAUUGAAUGUUUAUUUUUUAAAGCAAAGAUUAACUGGACUAGAAGAGGUGGAAAAGGAAUUAUCAGAAGGUUUAAUAGAAUCAUGGCCCCCAGGACACAAACCAAGGUCUAAACCCGCAACAAGAUUUGACCUUCCACGCCAAUUAUACUUCAACUCAACUCAUGUGUUCUUUCCUGAUGACUUUAUAACAAUUCGAAAACAUGAAAAAGAUGAAUUAAUAGAUAUUAAUGAUGUUCUGAAUAAUGUUAUAAAUAAAGCAACAAACGAUAAUAAGAACCUUACAUUCAAAAGAUUAAUGAAUGGUUAUAAAACCUUUGAUGCCAAUAGAGGAAUGGAUUAUAUACUAGAUCUAGAAUUUAUUGAUGAACACUCAUUCAGGCCGUUAAAAAAGAGAUAUCAUGUUUGCAAGCCUCUAAGUAAAGUUGAAUAUGUGCAAGUUCCUUAUGUAACUGAAAAUAAGCGAGUUACUAUUUUCCUGAUUAUUCAAGAACAUGAAGUCAGAGAAGCAAAAGCAUUUUUAAAUGAUUUCCUCAGUUUAAUGAAUGAUAAGAAAGAUGAAAAUUUUCUCAUGUUAGUACUUUUCUACCAAAACAACUCAAUGAGUCAAGGGAAGAAUGAUGUUUUUGUUGAAAUAAAAAAUUUUGUGAAAAAAACAUCGGCGAUGUUCAAAGAUGAAGUUAAUGUGGCAUGGGUGUCAAUUAGAUUACCAAACUUAGUUUAUACUACAAAUAUUGAGGCAAAAUCUCUGAAUUUUGUUGCUGUGGAUCUUGCCUUGAAAAAAGUUGGAGCUAACAAUCUAAUACUAAUAUUGGAUUCUUUCUGUAAUAUUAAUAAAGACUUUUUGAACAGGGUACGAAUGAAUACUAUUGAAAAAUUCCAAGUAUUCAGUCCGAUUCCAUUCAGACAAUAUAAUCCAAAGACUAGUGAUUAUUUAAAAUUAGAGGUGAACAAAAAUGCAGGACACUUUGAUAGAGAAGAGUAUAAAUUUAUAUCGUUUUAUGGAAGAGACUAUGUGGAAGCUAGAAAAAAAUAUCAACAGAAAAUGCCAAUAAUUAGAACUGAUACAGAAAUAGCAACAGUUCUGAAAGAUCCAUUCAAAAGCCGAGGAAAUUUACUUGAAAUGUUUGUGGAAACUAUGAAGAGCCUCAGACAUAUGAGAGCAACCGAUAUGAACCUAUUAAUUCGAUAUCAUGAAGAGUUAGACCAAGAAAAAUGCAAUAAGUUCAUAGGAAGUAAAAGUCAACUAGCCAAGUUGUUGUUGAGGAUGAAAACUAAGAUUUCUUUGCUCCAGUGAGGCACAUCUGUAAUGAUUCUUAUGUUAAUACUCAAAAUAGUAUUGAAAGACUAUUUCUUCAUUUUUUCAAAAUAUCAGGAAAUAUCAAAAGAAACUAUUACAAUUGACAAAAUUUGUUAUUAAUAAUUUUUUUAAUCAACAAUUUUAUUCUAAAGCUGUUGUCAACAUUAUUAAUUAUAUUUGUUGUGUGUUAUACAAUUUUUUUCACUUCCUUAGAUAAAUUGAAAUUUUAGUCAUAAAUGAAGAUUAAUUUAAAUUUAUAUUUUGAAGUAAAAAACAUGACAUUUUUUUAUACGUUGUUUGAAUUUUUGAUGAAAUCCAUAUUUGAAAUCAUGGUGAUAACUCGAAUUUCAAACCAUCUUAUUUGUCAUUUUUUGUUUUAAAAUUUUUCAUAAUACUAUUGAAUGAUUCAUCAGCAAAAAUGAAAAAAAAGCAAAGUUAAAAAAAUUACAUCAAUUAAUUUCAUUGUGCAAUCAUUUCUUAUAACAGGGAAUAAAUUAAAUGAAAAUUCUCUACUUUUCCUCUUUGUUGAUGUGUUUCAUGAAAAUAUUCUGUUUUUCAAUAUUAUUAUUUCACUCAUUUCUGAAUAAUGUAUCGAAUUACAAUAUUAGUAAGGAACAAAAAAAAUAUUCAUUCAGAUGCAAACAAUUCAAGAUGAAGUGUAUAAUCCUAAAUUCAAAUUGUAAAGAAACAAAUAAGCACAAAUUAUUAAAAGAAAGCAAAGUAUUUAUUUUCACAAUGCAGAAAGUAUUGUGAAAAUCAAUACUUUGCUUUCUUUCAAUAACUUGUUCUUAUUUGUUUCCAUUGACUAAGAAAGGAUUAUUUUUGCAGAUGUAUCUUAUUUUACAUUGAAUAAAUUCUAUUUUAGUUUCUAGUCGAAAGCUUAAGGUUGUGUGGCAAAAGUGAGAAAAACUACAUGACAGCUCAAGAGAAAAUGAAAUGUUUUAAUUUCUGAGAUUAACAGUAUUGCUCAAGACAAUAUUUUAAUAGUUAUGUUUUAAAAAUAUUAUGAAUUUUAACUAGUUAUCAAUGUUUUAGUUCCUAGACUUGGAAGAUGAUUUGGUUAAACUCUUGGAGUAACUAAUACCAUAUUUUAUUGUCAGAUUUCUCUUAUACCCUGGAAAAUUUUAUUUUAUUUUCAGUAUUCAACUGACUGCUCUCAAAUUGUCGAAAUAUUCAAUUUUAAUAUCUAUUCAGUGUGAUAUUUUUGAAAUGUUUUUUUCCUGAAAUUUUACAUCAAAAUGAUGAAUGACUCCAUUAUUGAAUCUUCAAUUAUUUUUCUGUUGUAAAAUUGUUAUUCUAGCUUUUCAAUUUUUAGGGAAGUAGAAUCAGAGUGAUAAAUGUUGCAUUUUGCCAUUAUUGUGCCUUAUCAAUGACAUUUUCAAUAUUGUUAUGUGCUUUAAAGUAUAAAUGUCCAAUAAAUGUUUCCAUAUUA